AUGCGGGGCCCGGCGGGCGGGGCUGGCGGUGCCAGUGCUCCCCGCGGCAGCGCCCGGGGCAGGGCCGGGCCUGAGGGCACCGCUCCGCACCCCUCAGCAUCCCUCAGCACCCCUCAGCACCCCUCAGCGCCCCUCAGCACCCCGCAGCACCCCUGCCCCGGGAGCGCCGUCCCGCCGGCUGCGGGGAUGCGCCGGCCCCGACGGGGCGCGGGCCGGGCACAGACACAGACACAUCCGAGCCGCAGGUGGCAAGCGCGCCCGCGGGCAGGCAGCGGCCAAGGUCUUCUCGGGCUGCGGCAGCAUCCCACCAUCCCCGCGACGGAGUCGGAGGAAAAUGCACCAUCACGAUGGCACGGAGGGCUGCGCUGCCCCCCGCACCUAAGGCAGCUGGCGGAGCGGAGCGCAGCCCCGCAGCAGCAUCCCGCCGCCUCCAGCCGGCGAUGUGCCACGGGGCUGCGGGAGCGCUCCCACCCUCCCCCCCCGCCCUGCGCCGCGGAUCCUCCUCCUCCUCCUCCUAUCUGGGGCUUCAGUUUUAGGAAGCGAUUGCCAGGACGGUCGGUGGGGACUCCCCUCGCUGCCCGGGCGGCUGGGGCACAGCGGCAGUGUCUCCCUGUGCGGUCGGUGUUGGGAGCCGCCGGCCCAGCCCCUGUCCCRGCCCCGCCGCAGGGCUCGGGCCGGCCCAACUUGGCCCGGUCCUUCCGCGCAUCUCCGGGGCCGCCGCCGCUCGGCGACAGACACCCGCCAGGUAAAUCGGACCCCUGCUCCCCGACCGGCGUUUAA